AUGUGUCAUUUUUCACAGGCUGGUCCGAUAGAAACAAAUGGAGAGCUAAAGGUUUUCAUCGAUCAGAAUCUCAGCCCUAGCAAAGGUGUCCUGUCCUUGGUUACUGUCCAGCCCACAGUAGCGCCUGUAGCCAAACAGCUACUACCCAAAACCCUCGGGCCAUCUAAUGUGAAUGUUGCAGCACACAUGCAACAUGUACCUCACAUGGUAAUUGGAACACCACAAAGGCCUACAGUAUCAAACACAAUUUUGGUGAACAGCCCACACACACCCAGCUCCCAGUUCCUUACGCAGAGUCAGCCAGCAGACGCCUCUCCUUGGUCUUCAGGAAAGCGUGGGAAGAAAGGGGAAAAGAAUGGGAAAGGUCUGAGGCAUUUCUCCAUGAAAGUGUGCGAGAAGGUGCAGAAGAAAGGAGUGACCACCUACAACGAGGUGGCCGAUGAACUGGUGGCCGAAUUCAGCUCUGCAGACAACCACAUGUCACCUAAUGACUCACAUGUGUACGACCAGAAGAACAUUAGACGGCGCGUUUAUGAUGCGCUCAACGUGCUCAUGGCCAUGAACAUUAUCUCAAAAGAGAAAAAGGAAAUCAAGUGGAUCGGCCUGCCCACCAACUCUGCACAGGAGUGCCAAAAUCUAGAGGUGGAGAGACAAAGACGGCUGGAGAGAAUUAAGCAGAAACAAUCACAGCUUCAGGAGCUCAUACUGCAGCAAAUAGCUUUUAAGAACCUUGUCCAGAGGAACAGACAGACAGAGCAGCAGGCUAACAGACCUCCACCUCCAAACUCCAUCAUCCACCUCCCCUUCAUUAUCGUCAACACCAGCAAGAAGACCGUCAUCGACUGCAGCAUCUCCAACGACAAGUACGGCGCCAGCUGCUCCGUCACAGGAAGAACUGCCUCCCUGAGGCUCCGCUCUGUUUCUGCCACUCACCACUUGUCCCCUUUUCUCAUCGGCAGGUUCGAGUAUUUGUUUAAUUUCGACAGCAUGUUUGAGAUCCAUGACGACAUCGAGGUGCUGAAACGCAUGGGUAUGGCCUGUGGUCUGGAGGUAGGCAAGUGUUCUCCAGAGGAUCUCAAAGUCGCUCGCAGUCUGGUGCCUAAAGCUCUGGAGCCUUACGUUAUAGAGAUGGCAAAAGGCCCCAUCAGUAAUGUUUACAUCACCGGAGGAUCCUCUGCCAAUGGGGCCCGCUACCCUGCAAGCAGUGACGGCUGCACCGACGGCACCAUGGCCUCCAGCUCCAAUGACUCUCACUACAGCGGGUCUCGCGUGGAGACCCCAGUGUCUUACAUGGGGGACGACGACGACGAGGACGAGUACGACGAGAACGAUGACGACGACUAA